AUGACUCAGCCGUUUCCUGCCCAUCAAGGCAUUCCUCAACAUGCCGGGUUGCCUCCUGGUCAUCCAAUGAGUCAAGCUCAACAUCCGAACAUGGGCCUUCAAGGACCUGGUAUGGUGCAACAGAUGCACCCUGGUGUGUCCGCUGCUGCUGGGCCUCAGGUUAGCCAACCGGGACCCAUGAUGGCCGGUAUGCCUCCUGGCGCGACAACCGGUCCUGGCGGACCAGUGCCAAAUGCACAUGCUCUACAACACCUAAGUCCUGCGCAAGCACAUCUCCUUCAGCAACAGCAGCAGUUCGGAAUGAAUCCCGCGAACAGCAAUCAAAUGCUACAACAGCAGCAGAUGCUAGCGCGACACCAACAGCGGAUACUUGCGCAACAGCAGCACCUCGCGCACCAUGGCGGCAUACCUGUCUCUCUACCAGCUGGAACGCAGGGACUCAGCCAAGCCCAAUUGUCUGCUAUGCAAAAUCCUAAUAUGCGCGGGCCAGUUAAUAUGAUGCAUUUUCAGCAACAGAUGCCGCAGCUGCCUCCGAAUAUACAACAACAACAACAAUUUCUUGCUAUGCAGCAAGCACAGGCGCAAGCGGCAGCUCAGGCAAACAAUCAACAAGGCCAGCAUACGCCGCAACAGAGAGCAGCAGUACCGCCACAAAGCGUUACUCCCCAACCGCAACCCGGUCUUCCAGUUCCUCCUGGAAGCGCAACACCAUCGCAGCAGUCUAAUCCUCCACAGCAUUCAACUCCGCAACCCCCGUCUAACCAGGGUUCUCAACCGCCACCACAACCGACACCCAAUCCUCAACAUCAACAGAUUCCUCCCGCACAGCCAACGCUACCCCAGCAGCAACCACAGCCGCAGGUCCAACCUAAUCAGCAACAACCACAGCAGCCGCCGUCUCAAGUGCAACCACAGAAUGGCCCACAACCAACGCCACAGCUACAAGGACAAGUUCAAAUGACUCAACAACAGCAGCAGGCUAUGUCUAAUCCAGAACAUAUGAAAAUGCAACAUCAAAUCAUCAUGGAACAACAACGGCGGGCGAAUAUGAACUCAUUUUUGCAAAAUAACAAAGGGUCAUUGACCCAAUAUGUCAAUAGCUAUUUCGAGACUUUAAGCAAUUAUGAGAGCAAAGGCGAAGAUGCGGAUCUCAUUUUCUGGCAAGACGUCGUGAAUAAAUACUACAAUACUACCUUCCACGGGGCCACUGGCCAGCCCUGGGGCGUUUUGCGCCAGGGAAUGCUGACACCAGGCACUGGAUCAAAAUCUUUCGAGGUCAAUGCAACCAUCCUACCUCGCUAUUACGUCACGCUCUUCAAUAACGGCAUCAGGAGGAUCCAAACACACAUGGAGGCGACGCAAGAAUUUUCUCCUCAAAACGGCUACCGCGUCGUGUUUAGUCCUAAAGUUAGUUUCAUUUAUUGGUUCGCCAAUGAUUGUCAGCUCUUUGUCAAUGGUUCGCUCAAAGUGCUUGUUAACCCGGAUUUCAAAUUUGACUUGGUUGAUAUAUCCGUUUCUGGUUUUCGGGAAUACAUCCCUCGCAACCUUCUUCAACCACCGGAACCAGUUGAACAGAAGCCAAGUCCCCGUGUGACCAAGAAUGCUAGCAAACGAAUGCAGCAGAAGCAGGCGCCCGUACAGCCUACGAUAUCCCCCCCAGAGUCGUUAGUAAACGCAAAUGGACUUCCGCAUAGUGUCCAGUGUUUCCUCGAGAUCGCGGAGACUAUGUCGUCAAUGACGAGUUUGAUAUAUCAUAGUACGAGUAACCCUCAGAAGAGCUCUAUGGAUAUACUUCGAGAUGUUACUGCUAUGAUGGUCCAACAGAGUAUGAAUGCCUCCGCUCAACAGCAGGUUCAAGGCCAGCGUACACCUGGCCUUAAUGGUCCAUCCCAGUUUGCUUCUCCUUCAGUAGGCCACAUGGGGCUACCUGGCGCACAGGCUUCUCCGCACCUAGGAAACUCGGCUCAUCCGAGUCCGGCGCAAAACCACAUUAUGGGACCUGGGGUGAUACCUCAGCAAAACCAGACUUCUUUAGCGGCGAAUGGUAGUCAAGGGGCCAGUGCGAACACAAGCCCGAAUGUUUCAAACAAACGCCGCCGUGCAAGCACUGUCAAAACCGAAGGUGAUGACGGUGCUGAAGUGAAUGGAGCCGGACCUGCACCUAAAGUGAGAGCAAGCCCCAAGGUUGGUGCUGGUAAGAGGCAUAAAGGCAAUGCUUAG